AUGCUUCUGACCCUGCACCUGAAGAACGUGCACGGCAAGCUGCGGCGGCUGCGCUUCAGGCCGCCCGCCUCCAAGGCCUUCACCACGCUCUUCCCACAGGUCAUCACCCUCAGCCCCGGCACCUCCUUCUCCAUGCCCGUCACCUUCAGGCCACUGGAGCGGUGUGAGUACCAGGACACCAUUGAGUUCCAGGGCAAAGAGGGCACGUUCCAAGUGUCCCUCCGGGCCACCAUACCCCGUCACAGCCUGGAGCUCCCUGAGCAGGUGCAGCUGCCCGCUUGCGCCGCCCAUCACAGCACCCAGACCACCUUCACCCUCCGCAAUCCCAGUAAGCUGCGCACCGGGUUCAGCUGGGAGGUGGAUGGCCCGUUUCAGCUCUCUCCAGAGAGUGGGGUGCUGGCGCCGGGUGAGGAGGCUCAGGUCACGGCGCUCUUCCGCCCCCUAGAGGCCCGGGUGUAUCAGACGGAGGCCAGCUGUGCCUUUGGGGACCAGGGAGAGAACAGCUGCUCUAUGCUCCUACAGGGCCUGUCUAAGUACCCGUACCUGGAGAUACGAUCCCUGGGAGAGGAGGAGGGCUGUACGCUGCUGGAGUUUGGAACUAUGGCCUUCGGUAGCUCCCAGGAAAAGCACUUUGAGAUAUUCAACCCCUCUCCAGUCACCUCGUCCUUCUCCCUAUCUCGCCUGCGGCGGCCCGCUCUGUUGGACAGCGUGUUUGAGUGCUCGGUGCGCGAGGGCCUGCUGACCCCGGGGUCGUCCGUGCAGGUGCCUGUGCGUUUCUCCCCGGUGGCGGUGGACAACAGCAGUGUGGAGUACCUCUGUCUCUCGUCUCCCGGGGCGCUGAGCAAGAAGCUGAUCAAACUCACCGGCUCCUGCAGCGGUCCGCUGGUGUCCCUGAGCGCGUCCGUGCUGGACUUCGGCUGCGUGGCAGAGGGCGGGCGUGCCACGCGCGUGCUGCAGCUGACCAACUCCGCGGGCGUGGAGGGGCACUACCAGUUCGACGUUGGCGCCGACGGGCACAGCGUCUUCAGCGUGGAGCCGCCCAGGGGCACGGUGGCCCCCAACGCCUCCGUCACCGUCCAGCUGCACUUCUGCCCUCGCCACCCCAUCGCCCACCACCGCAGACUGGCCUGCCUCGUCAUGCACAGGGAGCCUCUGUUCCUGGACGUGAUUGGCACCUGUCACUCAGAGCAGCUGAAGCCGCUGGUGCUGCGUCCGCGUCACCUGAGCCUGUACCUGCAGCACCUGCGGCGCGGACUCACCGUCUACCCGCCGGACAUCCUCAGCGCCAUGCUGGCCCAGAAGACACUGCAGCUGGACCAGGACGGCACCCUCAACAUACCACAGGAUAUGUCUCAGGAAGUGGUUCCUUCCGACCCUCUGACGCCCAUGACCCCGAUGGACGAGUAUUUCCAGCUGGAGAGCGCAAGCGUGUCCGUCAAGCGCCCCCCUCGCGGCGCCCCCCACCCCGGCUGCCACGUCUCCGUGGACCCCCCCGAGCUGCUCUUCCACGAGGCCCCGCGCUCGCGCUCCCUGGCCCUCACCAACCACACCAAGGGCAAGCUGUGCCUGCUGUGGACCGGCGGCGGGCCGGACUCCCCGUUCAGCGUGUCCCCCGAGACCUGUGAGCUGGGGCCCCUGAAGACCACGGACGUCAGGGUCACCUACUGCCCCCUGCAGGACAACACCGUGCACGGCGCUCAGCUGGAGUGCUUCGCCGUCUAUAAGGUGCUGCGGGACCACCGGCUGACGGAGGAGGUGACCCUGUGCCCUCCGUGGUGUGUGACGGUGCGCGUGAGUGGACACUCCUUCCAGCCCGGCCGCGAGCCCUUCCUUCCCCGCUGCAGCCUGAUCAGUCCUCAUGUGGUGUUCCCAGCUCUCCCUGAGGUGUCGUACCGUACGGUUCUGCUGCAGAACACGGGUGACCUGCCCCUGCUGUUCCGUCUGGGCUGUGAGGAGUGCCCAGCCGUGUCAGUGCUGCCCUCCAGCGGCCUGGUGCCGCCUGGCAGCCACCAGGUGCUCUGCCUCAGGUCAACCCCCUCAGAGGAGCGCACGGACGCCCUGACCCUGCCAGUGCACCUCAACGCCUGCCCCAAAUACACCCAGGAGCUGACGGUGGUCAGUGUGGCGGAGAGGCCUCGCGUGUGUGUGGAGGGGGACGGGUGUGUGUUCUUCAAGCCGACGGCGGUGGGGUGUGUGUCGGAGCGGGCGGUGCGCAUGCGCAACGUGAGCCGGCUGCCGCUGCACUACCAGUGGAGGACGCGGGCAUCAGACGCCAACGCGCUCUCAGUGCAGCCCAGCACGGGCACCCUGCAGCCCAACGAGAGCAUGGUGCAGAACUGGCGUUUCACCCCGCAAGAGGAAAUGACAUACAGUUUGAAGCCCAGCCUCAUACUCUGGCCCACCCAGUCACGGUCAACCACCAGCAGGUCCCGCCUUUUCCUUCAGGCUGUGGGUGUGGCCUCCAAGGGCUCCAUAGAGGCUGGCAGUGCCGUGAUAGAUCUGGGUGAGAUGUUGGCGGGCGGCUGCAAGUCCUUCGAGGUCCCUGUGGUCAACAACGGCAGCUGCCCGGUCAGCUUCUCCAUCAGCGUCCAGCAGAGCAUCACUAACCCCUGCUCCGAAGAACAGGCUUACGAUGACGACCCCUCGGCGCUGCAGCUGGAUGUCCAGAGUGGGGUGGUCCCGGCCCGCUCCCGUCUCCUGCUGCGCUGCACGAUCACUCUGCCCCGCCGGGCCCUCUACUGCUGGGACCUCAGCUACCACACACUCAACGCUCACGGCCGUGCGCUGGGUGAUGCCCAGCCGCUGUGCCAGGUGCGUGGGCAGGGCGUGUUCCCCACGCUGGAGGUGACGGACGUGCGGGGCAGCGGCGCCGCUGAGGGCCUGAGCAAGCUGCAGCUGUGGAGCCUCCUCUCCCUGGAGCCCCUCAACACCUGCCUGCGCCGCGACCCCAGCCCCCUGGAGCUCACCCACAGGGUGCCCACGAGACACAGUCUGAGGCACUGUCCAUCUGUGUUCACGUCGUCCAUAUUGGACUUUGACUUUGGUGCUGCUCCACUGGGCUCAGAAGCCUCCUGUAUUCUGCUGGUGUUUGAGAACACCGGCAGCGUCCCGGUAGAAUGGAGCUUCCUGCUCCCGGAGGACCAGCAGAUAGAGCUGGAAUACUGGGCCGAGAGCGGAGACUUCACCCCCACCGAGCUGCACCACAUGAGGGUGCAGGACAACCGCCUCUUCUCCAUCUCCCCGCGCGCCGGGAGUCUGCCACCGGGCCAGCAGAGGGCAGUGCAGUUCACCUACAGACAUGAGUUUGCAGGCACUGACCAUCUGCCUGUGCUGCUGAAGCUCUCCUACGGCCGAGAGAUCCUGCUAAACUUUGUAGGAGUUACGGUAGAGCGAGACCAGCACUACAUCCACUUCACCUCCAGCAGACACACCUUCGCCCCGGUGGUCAUCGGAGGCUUCAACCCCCCUAAACAGGUCUAUGAGCUGUAUAACGGCGGGGCUCUGCCGCUGCGCUACCACGUGGACACGGAGCCGCUGGAGCAGCUGUCGGCCGAUAACUUCGGCCACCCGGUGCUGCAGUGCCUGACCCCCUACGGAGAGGUGCUGCCCGGCCGCACCGCCUGCACCGAGUGGAUCUUCUCCCCGCUGGAGGCCAAGACCUACAGCGUGGUCAUUCCCAUCCACGUCCUGGAGGGGGAUUCAGCGCUGAUCCAGUUUGAAGGGAGCGGCUUCGACAGCAGGGAUCUGGGCAUGAGCGCCCCCCUCAGGCUGGACCCGCGCCUGGUGCCCUGCACACAGAGGGUGCCCCUCCCUGGCCAGAUCGUGUUCCUGUCCCAAGAGAGGGUGUGUCUGGGGGACGUGCCGGUGUGUUCACGCAGCACACGACUCCUCUUCCUCACCAACGUCUCAAACACAGAGAGAGUGCUCUUCACUUGGAACCUCACCGACAAGGACCGAGAGGUAGUGGAUAUCCACCCUGAGCAGGGCAGUCUAGCAGCAGAUGAGAGUGCUCUGUGCAUCCUCACCUUACACACCUCAGGGAGCCCUUGCUUCUACCAGCUAGACCUCAUCUGUGAGGUGCUGAGUGAGAGUGUGCUGCUGCAGCACCAGGCUGCAGUGAUGCGGUGGGAGGAGGAGAAGGAGAGACAGGAGACGGAGUUCACCCUCACAGAGAAGGACCUGACCACCAGCGACCCCUCUCCUGACACAGAGAUAUCAGUCCCGAAGAGUAGCUCAACUCUCAGAAAGUACAAGACGCUGCCUCCCAUCCGGAUCAUCAGCAGUCGUGUGCUGGCUGGCGGGCCGUACGAGGGCAGACCCAGCCGUGCGGAGCGGCGUGCCCGGCGGGAGGCCCCUGAGGUGUGGGCGAGACCGGCCCCUCCCCGCCCAGCACAGCUCCACCUGGGGCUCAGCGCCCGCUCCCACUCCCUGGAGCAGUACCAGGCCUUCUUCCCCACACUCUUCAGCACACACCACAUACACAGUUCGGAGCAGCCCAGGACUCCGCCCUCUGAGUUAUCUGAAGUUCGCCCACCGACCCCCAACCUGCCUCUGCCCAGACACGGCCCGGAGAGAGACAUCCUCACACACACACUCACCUCCAUCAUCAGGAGCCUGCUGGACGACCCCCAGUUCCACGCGACGGUGCUGAAUGACCGCGACGAGCCCUUGCCCUACUUCACCCAACUCCAGCCCCUCCCCCCAUCUCCUCCUCUUCCUCCUCCACCACCUCCUCCUCUUCCUCCCCGCGAGGCCUCCCCUGGGUCCCGACGCCCGCCUGCCCGCUGCAGCAUGAGGGACGAGAGGUCAGAGGUCACGGAGGCCAGCGUGCCCCCUCCGACACCACUUGUGCAGUGGCAGCCUGACUCCUCCCCCAGGGUCGCCACGGAGCAGGCGGAGGAGGAUUCCCAGAAUGCACUGCGGGAGGAACAGCAGCGGAAAAUGGAGGAAGCGAUACGCAGGCUUCCUGAGUUUGGUGACCUGGUGGAGGACGUGUUGUUGAACACGCUGCAGAACCUGAUGACGGAGGCCUUUCUCGGGGAGCUGGUGCUCACCGCACGACCGCGCAUCAUCGCCCUCCCUCCUGUCACUCCGCCCUCCUCCCACAGGAAGCGCAGCGUCAGCUCGCGGAGGAUCUCCAGAGGUACGGUCAAGGACCCCCAGGGUCUCCCCAGGACCACUCAGGGGUCGGACGUGCCCCCCGCCACCGCCUCCUCCAACUCCGCUCCACCACAGCUGCAGUGACACGUCACCAUAUCUCUUAGAUAUCUCUUUUUAUACCCUGUUUGAAAUACAAUAAAUCUCACAUCAAUCACACAUUCAAAUAUAGACAUA